AUGGAGAGAAAGUCCUCGAGUGAUCCGGAAAGUAUCGAGGUAGAGACCCCGCCCGAUACUUGGAAGGGCUGGCAGGCGGUAGCUCCGGCAGACACGGACGUCAAGUGGGAAGAAGAGGGCUGGGCAAGCGCGUGGCAAGCCCCGGCAGAGGAUAGUUGGGGUAUGCAAGACUGGGCAGAAGAUACUUCGGCGAGCGUAGCAUGGGGCUGA